AGAAGAAGAAGGCAUGUUUUGUGCGGGUUGUGGUGCCAGAUUUAUCGCUGAUGCGAGAUUUUGCGAAGUUUGCGGGUUAACGAAAGGUGUGAAAGAUGAAGAUAACACUAUACUUACGUUUGACGAGUACAGAGAUAAAAAAAGGAAAGAACGAAGUUCGAGGUUUGUUAGUAAAUCUGUGAAGAAAGUGAAAAAGGAAAACAGCGAGAAUGAAGUCACGAUACAAAUAGGUCUUAUCAGGUUAAAAGACGGACAAUUGAAAGCGAUUAGAGGGUCGUCAUUGCCGCUUAAAGUCUUUCCAUCAAUUGGUGCGGAGGAACUUCUCAGGAAAGGAGCCGAAAAGAUGGUGAAGUUCAACAGCGACUUAAGCUUAUAUGGUGCCAGUAGUUUUACGUUGUUGUAUCCUGACAGAACCGAAGUGAAGUGCCUUCCAGGGGGAACGGAACCGUUUACACUACAACGAUACAAGGAGGAAUUAGGGAAGGCUUACGGCCGAAUUACCUUAUACCUCUGCAAAACAACAGCUAUCAUGGAUGCUUUGUUUUUGAAAUCGUAUUACAGUGAUGAAAGUGAUGUCAGUUUGCCAACUUACGAAGAGUUGACGAAAAUGGCACAAGGAACUGAAAGUGAAGGAGAUAUAGGCUGUAGGCUGAACCAUACUGUCACAAAUACAUCCACAUUCCUCACAGCAACAGGGAACACAAUUACUACCCCCUCAGUGGCAAGGAACACUGCAGUUACAACCCACACAGCAACAAGGAACACAGUUACAACCCAUACAGCUACAAGUAGCACACUCAUAACCCAGACAGCUGCAAGCAACAUAUCCACAGCCCAGACAGCUGCAAACUCAGAUACAUUAACUCAAGGGGUUCACUCAGCAGUCACAGGUGCAGAUGCUGUAGAUGUUGAAGCUCUUUUAACAGAGGGUCCUGUUCAAAAGAUAAUUCUGUAUAGGGCUUUACUUAAGGAUAAUUUGAUCGAAACCUUUAAGGAUCCUACAAUACUUCAUGUUAAUCUAGAUGUGACCUUUAUUGGCAGCAAUGGUAGGGAGGAAGAGGGAAAGGGGGCUGGUGUUUUACGUGAUGCAUUAUCCACUUUCUGGAAUCAAUUCUUUAACUCACUAACAGUAGGAGCUCAAGAAAAAGUGCCUGCUAUCAGACAUGAUUAUCAAAGAGCUGAAUGGCAAGCAAUUGCCAGAAUUCUAAUGUAUGGGUACAUAAAGGAGAGAUAUUUUCCUCUUCCAUUGUCACGAGCUUUUGUUGCAUUAUGCCUUUUUGGUGAAGAGAGCAUAACAAGUGAUUUUUUGCUUUCUUCCUUCCAUCUAUACAUUUCAGAAGAUGAAAGGGAGACUCUUGAGAAAUGUCUUAAGGAAAGUUUUGAUGAUGAUAAUGAUGACGUGUUUGAUUUUCUUUCUAAUUACAAGUGUUAUCGAACUCCCACAAAAGAAAACAUAUUGCAGAUUGUUUCUGAACUUGCUCACCAGGAAAUCAUUCAGAAGCCUCGAUAUGUCACAAAUUGCUGGGCACCUAUUUUGAAACCUUUGAUUGCUUUCCCAGAUUUCCAAUCUCUUGUAACUCUAGAGAAUCUUUAUGACAUUAAGAGGCCUACUGCCAAAAAGAUUGUGAAAUUAAUCAAAUCAGAGCCAGUAACUGACCAAGAACGACAGUGCCUGGACCAUUUUAAAAAAUAUAUCCGUUCAUUACAGGGAAGUUUGUUGUCAGUGUUCCUGCAGUUUAUUACUGGAAGUGAUAUCAUAAGCUGUGAUAGCAUUGAGGUGACAUUUUCGGCUCUUGAGGGCACCUCUCGUAGACCUGUAGCACAUACAUGUGGACCACUACUAGAAAUCCCAUCAUCAUACCAGUCAUACAAUGAGCUGUCAGAAGAAUUCAGUGAAUUACUGCAAAAUAAAGAGGCAUGGCAUUUCAAUAUUGUUUAAUGACAUUGUGCAGUGAUCAAAUUUUUGAGUGUUUUUAACCCUUUAACUUCCAUUAGUGAUCAAGACAGAAUUUAUCUUUACAGUAUCAAUACAAUGUCAACCAGAUAAGUGUUGAGAAUAAAGAAAAAUAUCAA